AAUUGUUAAUAAAAAAUAAGUUUUGCCGAAGUACCGGGAGACUAUUUUUAAUUUUCGUUGCAUAGCAUUCCUUGCCGAGUUUAAUCGAUAACGCUGUUGGAUAAAGAGUGAGAUGUAAGCCACUAAAUCUUAAAUGGAAGAUUAUGUCUGCUGCCGAGAGCUUGCCCAGCAACUUGAUGAAAACUUUGUCAAAGGAAACAGCGACACGUUUUUUGAAGUAUGGGAGUCUCUUGUGGGAAAACCAGAAGAAUCUUCCACGGAUCCAAACUACGAUUUAUUUCUCUUGGUUGAUUUUAAAUUACAAGUAUAUUUUACAGUUCUACGACUGUCGACAGAAAAAGGCGAACAUGAGGCAAAAAACAAAUUUUCUCAUUUCCUGAAGGAAAAAGGCGCUAUUUGUUCCAAAUUCAAAGAACUAGCUCCCUAUUUUACAAUACCGUAUAUAGAGCACCAAAAUCAUUUCCUAAUACAUGAAAUUCUAAAAGAGGAAUGGGUGCGAAAUUUGAGGGUGCAAUGGAAAGAUGUUUUAGAGAAGAGAAUAUCGCAUAUCCACGGUGGUGACAAAAUCCGACUAGAACGACAAAACAGAAAAUAUUUCAACUUAAAAACCAAGUUUACGAAAUUAAAAGAGGACCACAAGUCACUCCUAGAUCUGGCAACUCGUUUAGUAGCAGUUCUUGAGGAAUGUAUCCGAGGUGAUACCAAAUGUUCUCUUGAGGCAUUUGAAAAUUAUAAUCAACAAAUAAUGGUUUACUCUCACAGCCUUCGCACAACGAACCUUUCUGAAACGGAGAAAAAGAAUUCAUUGGAGUUAGGUUUCCAGUGGGAGGCUCGCUCAGUGCGGACAUCAACCUCGGUUGAAAGGAUUGGUUCAAAAAAUUCUUUUUAGGUUGGAAAGAAACGAAAGAAAAUUUUCGUUCUUGUUGUUUGUUUUUAUACCUUAUGUUCAGCUGUUCACUAAAUAUUUUCUACUUAAUUACACUAUCGCCACGAAACGAGAUUUGCGUUGUAGUGUGCAAAACUUUAAAAUGUAAUAAAU